ACACAUUUUUCACUUCUCGUUUUUUUCUUAGAUGCUCCACUCUAGUGUGACAGUGAUUCGAACAAAUAAGUUCCGGGAAAUGGAAAACCAAAACCAAGAACCAACCCCGACCCAACCAAAUCAACGACUCGGCUCGCCGAGUCAAGAGCUGCCCUCGACCUCUUCUAAUGAACAAACUCAGAAACGGAACCGCCCUGAAUCACCGCAAAACGAAAGCAACGAUUCUGCUCAAUCCCCCAAACGGUCGAGAAACGGCAGCCUUCCUCCGCCGUCGUUUCCUCAAGAAAUAAUUUUUGAAAUCCUCUCGAAUUUGCCCGUUAAAUCCCUCCUCCGUUUCAGGUGCGUUUCCAAACCCUGGAAAUCCCUCAUAGCUGACAAUUUCUUCAUCAAAAAGCACCUCAAAAGAACCCAAAACGACCCCGAAUUCUCCAAAAAGCGAGUCUUAAUAAACACUUCAAGCAUCCAAACCGGAUCCAGCAUCAAAUCAUGCUCCCUUAAGUCUAUAUUCGAAGACCCAAAUGUUAAUACCUCGGAAAUCGAAUACCCAUCGAAGAAAGCUUCUCGUUAUGAUUGGAUUGUGGGCUCAUGUAAUGGCUUGAUUUGCAUAGCUAUUAGAGAAGAUACAGUCCUUUUAUUAAACCCGACUUUAAGGGUUUCCAAAAGGUUGCCUGAUUUAGGGUUUAAGAAAAGAAGGGGUUGCUAUACUGUUUAUGGGUUUGGUUUUGAUGCUUCCGUUGAUGAUUAUAAGGUUGUUAGGGUUUUUUGUUAUCAAAGUAAGGGCCUUGAAGAUGGUUACGAGAGUAUAGUUAGGGUUUAUUCAAUGAGAACUAAUUGUUGGAGAAGGAUUCAGGAUUUCCCGUUUGGGGUCCCUUUUAGUGAAGCUGGGAAACAUGUGGAUGGGACUUUGAAUUGGGCUGUUUUAAGUAGACAUUAUAGGGAUUUUUCGUGUACAAUUGUCUCCCUUGAUUUGGCUCAGGAGACGUAUAAGGAAGUGACCCAACCGUGCUAUGGCAACGGUGCAGGUGAAAGGAUAUUAGGGGUCUUGGAUGGAUGUCUAUGUGUGCUUUGUAGUUAUGGGAGAUUGUAUGCUGAGGUUUGGGUUAUGAAAGAAUAUGGAAAGAGAGAGUCUUGGACCAAGCUGGUUACCAUUCCAUACACACCGAUUCCUGGGUAUGAAAUGUUUUUGACACCUUUAUCUGUAUCGAAAAGUGGUGAAAUCUUGUUGCGUUUUGAGGUGAAUAUGCUUCUGUACAAUCCCGAGAAGAAUAUGUUCAGGAUUCCCAUGUUUCCUUAUGAUGCUUUUUCUUAUAUUGAUCAACAAGAAGUCUAUGAAGAGAGCCUCGUUUCGCUGACUGUAGUCAAUCAGCAUAGAUGAAUGGUGUCAAUAGCUAACAAAGAUUAAGGUUGCUUUGUUUAUCGAAAAGUAUAACUCCCAACUGGGGCUACUGAUGGAGUUUUAGCAUGUUCAGCUACAAACUUUCCUCACUUUUUUGGUUGGUUUCGGUCAUCGUUGUCAUCACUCUUAAACCUUCUUGUUGAUUAGGUUACAGUUAGUUUCACUUUCUGAUAAUUUUCACUCAAAUCAUGUCAUGUUUUUUAGCGUUGCAAUAUGUUUGUCACUGUGUUAAUCUGUCACUGAUUAUUUUCAACUUGUUCUGCUAAUGUAGUUUUAACUUGCUCUGUCACUCAAAUCAUACAUAUUCGCAGGCACUGAGUAGUUAUAUGUUUCAAAUUAGAUGUAAGAGUAUGUUUUCUUAUCAAUCUAAUUGCAGAUGUACUUUGUUUCUCUGCUGUUCUGUUUAAAAUUUAAGCUUCCUUCAAUCAA